UGGCCGCCUCCUGGAAAGCAAGCAUAAAGGUCGUAAACGAUAUCACAGCAAGAUAAAUGGCAUUGACUUACGCGCACCCAAUACGCCGACAGUCUUUUUGUUCAUGCUGGAUGACUUUUAUGAUUUAGCACAUAAGAUGCAAGGAUGAACUUGAAAAAGAUAAUGUCGGCGAUAAGAUAUACAAACCCUAACCCGAAUCUAGAGUUACCAUCCGUUUCCUGACUUUUUCUUGCAGAAACGUCCAUCAUGGCUCCCUCAGCUCCAAAACCAACAAGAAAACGCAACAGAAAAAGAAAAAGACGCGCAUCCAUAUCCUCCUCGUCGUCUUCAUCGUCUGGGGACGCUUCAUCUGACGAGGAAACACCAAAAAUCGCACCUGCAAAGAAGGUCCCACCGCCGCCUGAACCAUCCGAAAGCGCCUCUUCGUCCUCUGAUUCUGAUUCUGAUUCCGAUGUCGAGGACACGCCAGAUGUCCAGAUGGCGGCUGUAGCACCAGCUGAGACGUCGAAGAAAGCACCGCCGAGACGGCAGUCGCCGUCGCCUCCUCCCUCCGUCGUCGACCUCCCCUCGUUCUUACCCUCAAAGCCUCUCGGGGACGACCGCGAGAAGGAAGUCCUUCUCAAAGAAAGAUUCAGAAAGUUCUGGAUGGAAUCGCUGGCUGAUGGGUUUAGAGACGACUUGGAGGAGAUACGGAAGAAGGAGCCGAAUUUGGGCAUGUCUAGAUUAUCUUUGUUGAUAGACUCGCUGGCGUCGGGAGCGGACGUCUUCAGCUCUCGUUCUGGGAAUGGCGACGUGAAUGAAAUGGAGGUCGUACUAGAGAACCUCCCCACUUAGGUGAUGGGCUGGAUGUGUGCUUUUGCUUUGGGGCAAUACGCGCAUGACGUUUCUUCCUACCAUCGCAUCCGACGAGGUCGAGAGUCCCCUGGCUGGGUUUUCCAUGAUGGGUCUCACUUUUACACGUCCCAGACUCCAAGUGACACGCACCAGAGAGCUGAUCGGGAAAGACAGAUGGUGCUGUACUGUAUAGACCAAAAAAAGUAUGUAUAUUAGGCUUACAACACAAGCAACACAUUCGCAAAAUACAUAGUCCUAAUACCACAAAAAAAAAAAA